CUUACUAGUGGAAAAGCUGAAAGGACCACAUAACUCCUGGUGCAGCAAAGAGGUUCUACUUCUGCAAGGCAUUUGCUGGACUCCUGAAAAUUUAUUUUGAAUAACAUGGCAGAGAAGGAUUUCAUCAGUUGGCAUCUACUGGCUUUAUUUUUUCUUCCAUUUUGCCUGUGUCAAGAUGAAUACAUGGAGGUGAGCAGAAGAUCUUAUAAACCAGUGGCCAAAGUAUUGCAAAGUCACCACCAGACUGGCCAUAAAGGUUCCAGAAGCAGGGAAAUAUUGAAACAGCGGAGUCAACUUAUAGAGUGGACUGUUGAUAAUAGCACUUCUACAGACCAAAAAGUCCUGAGACCAGAGGUAGAUGAUGUAGAACUGACUACCUCAGAUAGAGUCCAGCCCCCACAAACCGGACCGCAGAAUCCAGACUGUAGUUCCUGCUGCCGUGGUGACUUUGGAGUUCGACUCUACCAAGGGCCCCCAGGACCUCCUGGGCCCCCUGGGAUGCCAGGAAAUCAUGGAAACAAUGGAAAUAAUGGCGCAACUGGCCAGGAAGGAGCCAAAGGUGAGAAAGGAGACAAAGGAGAUAUGGGACCAAGGGGAGAGCGUGGCCAUCAUGGACCCAAAGGCGAGAAGGGUUACCCUGGGAUUCCCCCAGAGCUACAGGUCGCAUUCAUGGCUUCCAUGGCUACUCACUUCAGCAACCAGAACAGUGGGAUCAUCUUCAGCAGUGUCGAAACCAAUGUUGGGAAUUUUUUCGAUGUCAUGACUGGGAGAUUUGGUGCUCCAGUGAAUGGGGUGUAUUUCUUCACCUUCAAUAUGAUGAAACAUGAAGAUGUGGAGGAAGUGUAUGUGUACCUGAUGCAUAAUGGUAAUACUGUUUUCAGCUUAUAUAGCUAUGAAUCAAAAGGGAAAGCAGACACUUCAGGAAACAGUGCAGUGCUAAAACUUGCCAAGGGAGAUGAAGUUUGGCUGCGAAUGGGAAAUGGAGCCCUCCACGGGGACCAUCAACGCUUCUCUACAUUUGCUGGGUUUCUUCUUUUUGAAACCAAGUAAAAAAAGAAAGCAAAAACCAAUAGAUGUUUAUCUGGGGAAACUUCUUUUUUGGAACUGGUAUUUUUCUCCGGACUGUGGAAUAGCAUUACAACAUUGAAAGAUCAAGAAGGCUUGUUUUGACGCAAUGCGUUGCUAUUUGUGUAUCAGAGAUGAGCUAAAUACAUUGGGUAGUUGACACACAGAUUUAUGGAAGAUGGGUUGUAUCUAGUGAAUCAUUUAAUGUUGCUAUUGCUUUCUUCUCCAAAGGGACUGAAAACAAAGAAAAAGGCAUUUAAAUAAUCUAGAGAGCAGUUCACGGAGUAAAGUCUAUUUUGUCUGUAAAUAUACUUUAGUUAAGUAUAUGUCAGGAAUUGAACAAUUGAUUCAUGCUUUUCUGCUCAUUUAUUCAGUUCUUAUUACCUGUUCAUUUAAAUGUGCAUCACAGAAACAAGCCUGAAUGAAUUAUAAGUAGGCUCAGCUGAUACCAAAUUUAAAGGAAGAAGUUUUUACUGGACUAGAAUGAACUUUACAAAUAGAAUUAAAAAUGUGAAAAUAAAGAUGUCAAGGAUUCAGGUUUAUUGCAUUCCCAUCUCAAACCUCUGAAGAUGUAUUUGAUGUCAUUUUUUCAUAGAUUUUUAGCACAUAUUUAUGCUCGCACUCUCUCUCUUGAAAAAGAGUGCCAGUAAUUCUUGCCUUAGUAGCAGCUUGAAGCUAAGGUAACGUAGCCUGCAGUGUGCAGGGAGGGGAUCAGACAGGGGAACUGCAAUGUUUCUUCCUAGCCUUCAAACUGUUAAAACCUCAUGGAACUGAAUGCAAGGUGUUUAUGCAGAGGCAUGUAUGUUGGAGAAGUGGGGAUACGCCAACAGCACAAACAGAGAAACACACACUUCGUGGAUUUGGGAGCUCUCUUAGAAGGAUGCACCUUUUAAUAUUGCAUAUUUACUUAACGGUGAAGUUGUUGAUACAGUUUUCCUAGCAGCCUUCCAAGAACCAAUAUUUCAGGAAAGGACACUGCAGCCUGGCAAAGCAGCAGCUAACCCAGUUCAAUAUUUAACUGGUGAAAGCAAACGCUGGCUGGCUCAGAAGUUCUGGUCACAGUAAACCAGGCCAUUCUUCAGCAUUAAUAUUUGCCACCGGCUUUUCAAAAAUUGGGUACCUGAGAUCCUGCCUUGCUAUUUUCUUUUCAUCUGAAUCAGCACCAAAUAUAUUAAGACAAUACUGUUUGAAUCUAUCUUCUGCACAUUCUGGCUCUCCACACACAAGCUAAUGAAAUAUAAAUUACAUUUUAACAGACAUUACAUUUUAACCUGACAGUAUCUGCCAUUAAUGUAUAACAAGCAGGCGGGGUUAGGAAAACAUUUAUUUGAAAUUCUUCUAUACCGGAUACAGAUACCAGUAGCACAAGCAUAGAGCAAAUGAAUAAAAAUUUGCCCUAUGAAUUUGUAUGUCCUUGUACACGUUCCUAGUGUAUGUAAACCACGUCUUACGAUGAAAAAUGCAUGUUGAUACUUGAUGAUUAUGACUUGUGAUUUUUUCGUUUUAUGCAUCAACCACUGAAAAUAUUAGCUUUAAUGAACUGUCAUCCGACGAGUUUUGUUGUUUCUUUAUGAACUUGGGUCAGGUUUGCACCAUAUAGGUUUUCAAAACCUGAGAUGAUGUUAUUUUAAUAAGCAUUUUAGUAAAAUUCUGGUGUGUCUUCAAACGAAAACCCAUCCAACCAGGUAAUCAGACAAUGUUAUUCUUUUGGAAUAAGUGCACAAGUUGUAUGAGAUAUAUGGCAUCAUAAGCUAAUGUUCACAGUAGGAAAAAUCUUGAAAAAAAAGUACUAGUUCUUGUUGUGUUAGGAAUGUUUGCUUACUUUGUAACACGUACAUUUAUCCAAUAAAGAUUAAUAGUCAUAAAACUA